AUUUUAAUUAAUCCUUGUAGAAAACAUAUGCUCUCUGUGAGUCAAAUUUGCUUCUUCACAUACUGCCAUUUUGUACAAAUCUUGACUUGACUUGACAUGUAUAUAUAUUGAGAGAGACAGAGGUUGGAUUUUUCCUGAAGAGUUAAAAAAAAAAGGAAGAGAGAAAAUGGGUAAUUCUUUUGGGUGUUCGGCGUCCGGUGAACGGUUGGUAUCGGCGGCGAGAGACGGUGAUUAUGUAGAAGCGAAGAUGUUGCUUGAUUGCAAUCCAUGCCUUUCGAAGUACUCUACUUUUGGUGGACUCAAUUCCCCUCUUCACUUUGCUGCUGCUAAGGGACACAACGAGAUUGUUGCAUUGUUGCUUGAGAACGGUGCUGAUGUUAAUUCUAGAAACUACUGUGGUCAGACGGCACUGAUGCAGGCAUGUAGAUAUGGCCACUGGGAAGUUGUUCAAACCCUUCUUCUCUUUAGAUGCAAUGUUACCAGAGCAGAUUAUCUUAGUGGAAGGACAGCUCUCCAUUUUGCAGCAGUGAAUGGACAUGUUAGAUGCAUAAGACUUGUGAUGGCUGAUUUCGUUCCUAGUGCCCCUUUUGAGUCUAUAAAUGCUCAAACAAAUGCUGAAAGGGGUGACAGUUCAAAUUCAAAAGGCAAGCAUGAGCAAAGUGCGCUGUCAAAAUUUGUAAAUAAAGCUGCUGAUGGUGGUAUUACUGCUCUUCAUAUGGCUGCAUUGAAUGGGUAUUUUGAUUGUGUCCAGCUCCUGCUUGAUCUUAAUGCAAAUGUAUCAGCUGUGACAUUUCACUAUGGGUCAUCGAUGGAUCUGAUAGGAGCUGGAAGCACUCCUUUGCACUAUGCUGCUUGUGGCGGAAAUCUAAAAUGUUGUCAGAUACUUAUUGCAAGAGGUGCCAGUCGAUUGACAUUGAACUGCAAUGGGUGGGUUCCUCUCGAUGUUGCCAGGAUGUGGGGGCGUCAUUGGCUUGAACCAUUACUUGCACCAAAUUCUGAUUCAAUAAUUCCACCCUUUCCAUCUUCAAGUUAUUUAUCAUUGCCUCUCUUAAGCGUGCUUAACAUCGCAAGAGAGUGUGGGUUGCAGUCUUCAGGAAUAUCCUCUGAUGAUUCUGAUACUUGUGCUGUUUGCCUGGAGAGGGCAUGUUCAGUGGCUGCUGAAGGUUGUGGGCAUCAAUUGUGUGUAAGAUGUGCACUCUAUCUUUGCUCGGCAAGCAACAUCCCAUCUGAAUUAUUGGGUCCUCCUGGAUCCAUUCCAUGUCCACUUUGCAGACAUGGCAUUGUCUCAUUUGUAAAACUCCCUGGAUCUCCUGCAAAGGAAAUUAAGUUACAUCUAUCCCUUAGCUUAUGCACACCAUGCAUGCUUCAUCCUCGUGAGCAAGAACGAUCAACACCACCUAGCGCACAUGAAAUUAGAAAGAAUCGUGUUGCUUCAGUGUCUUCAGAUCUUUUCUGUCCUGUGACUUGUAGCCCAUUUCCCUCUGUUGCAAUCCCUUUGUGUACCUGUGAUGAAGGACCUUCCCCAACCUUGGAAUCAAUAGAAAAUGAUACUCAAGAAGAAACUCCUAAUCAGUCACAGUCCACAUCAACAGACCAAGACAAAAUGAAUGUGAGAUUGGAAAAAACUACCUGCUCGAACAUGUUUUGGGGCAGAAGAAGCUGCAGCAGGGAGCAUCAGUGUAAUGCUGAGAUUAAUGCUUAAUAAACUUGCCUUGGUGCCCGAGUUGAAGAAAUUUUGAUCCAAGCAGAGCAGCGCAUGGAUUCAAGGCUUGACAUUACUACUUUCUUGUGCUUUUGAAUCUUUCUUGCAGCUUCUACUUCUCUCGCUGGCUAUGAGCCUAUGGAUACAGCACUCCGGGCAUCUUGAAUACCUUAAAAGUGUUGCCUUGAUUAUCUGGACUGGGGGCUUGUAAAGAAUUCACAAGUAGGAAAUUGGAGUAUUGCCAUGGAGUAUCAUUGGAGAGCUGUCUAAUCUUGAGAUUGUUCUUAGGUUAUUCUUCACUGUUGUAUGUAGUGCCGCUAUUACUAGUCUGGUUGAAGCAGAUAAGUUUUUAACCUGUUUGUUCCAGUACAACCCAAUCAAGUUACAAAAAAUAGUUUGAGUACUGGUGGGGUUUGUGAAGGUAAACGUUAGGUGUCUGUAAACUGACAAAGAUAGAGUUGAAUAGGGAAAUUUGUAUUACAUAUUUGCUCUGUUUGUACACCUUUUAAUGUUCUGUCGUAGAAAGUAAUGUGUUUGGGUUUUGUCAA